AUGUGCUUUUUUUCAUCAUUUGAGGUGUCUUAUAUAACAUAUAAAUUACUUGGUAUCGAAUGCCCAAUUCCAAAUCGAUAUCAAUCGAAAAUUCCCGAUUUCAAUAUAGUACCAAUGCCAUUAACAGAAAGUGAAUCUCGUCAUCAACGGUUAAUGGCUUCGGCAAGUGCUAAAUCUACAGCAAUAAAUACAUCCGAUGAAACAUCUACUCUUGGAACAGCAGUUAAUCCGCGUGAACGUCCUCGUGGUAUUAUAGCACCAUCUGGUUCUUUGAUUAAUUUUAAUCAAACAGCACAAAGACCAACAACUGUUGUUGUUCCACCACCACCACCACCUCCACCAGCUCCAGUUCCACUUUCCGCUUCUCCACUUGUAUCUACUCCAGUUCGACCUUCUCAUCAACGAUCAGGUUCAGCCGCUCAAUUAAUGUUUGACGAUGAUUUCUCACAAUUUCCAAGUCAUACGCUUAGUUUAACUAAUAUUCCAAAUAUGACAACAACACCAAAAACAACAUCAACACUUGAAAGAAAUGUGUCUCGUGCACGCCCAUCACCACCAGCAUCAUUAUCUUCAUCAUCUGGCCUUACUUUUCAACAACAAUUAUUUCCUCCUCCACCUCCUACGUCUUCGUCAAGUAAUACACAAUUAACCAGUUCAUCUACAAUGCAUCAUCAACAUCGACGUAGUGCAUCUCAAACAAUAAGUCCAACAAAUAAUCCAUCUUCUUUUCUACACGCCUCCUCCGUUGAAUCCAAUUUAUCCUUCGAUCGUCGACAUUCAAUAGAUUCAUCAGUCAAACAACAACCACAACAACAGCCGGUACUUUUUAUAGGUGAAGCAUCUGAUGAUGAUGAUGAUGCAUUAGCAACAAAUUUAAAUAAAUUAAAAGUUCAUAAUCAUUCAACAGAAAAUGUUAAAUCACGAGAAAGUCUUAUUUUAAAUGAAGACGAUCGUUUAUUUGCUAAAACAUAUACUAUUAAUUCACAAUUAAAAUCUGAUGAUGAACAAUCAUCUUCAUCAUUAUCACAUGAUGAUGAAAAUAAUGAAAAACUAAACAAGAAAAACAAGAAAAAAUCUCAAAUAGCAAUAACACCAUUACGAUCAGGACAUCAUCCAUCAACGGAAGAGGUCGAAAAAAGUAUAUCAUCUCCUAGUACAACAAAUAAAAAUCUUGUUAAACGUUUAAUUGGACGUUGUUCUCUCCAACAACAAGACGAACCUACCGCAUCUUCAACACCUUAUAAACGUAAAGAUUCUAUUACACUUGCCAAUGAACAUCCUAUUUCUAUGAAUGAUGAAUCAGAUAAUGAAAGUGACUCCGAUAAUGAUGAUGACAAUGAAAAAGAUAAUGACAAGAAUAAUGCUAAUAAUAAUGUUGGAUUUGAUCAACUUAUUAAUGAAGAUUCUGAUGAUGAUGGACCUAUUCAAACAAUAAAUACAAAUAAAAACAAUGUUGGAAGUAGUCGUUUUAUGACAACACGUCAUAAAGAACAACAAUAUGAACAUUUUCAAGAUUCUGAUGAUGAUGAUAAUGAAACAAAUAAUUCUAUGACAAAAACUUCUUCUCAUUCCCAUACAAAAUUAUUUAAUCUCUUUACAACAAAUUCCAAAACAAACCCAUCUAAUGAUUCAAAACGUACUAUGAAUGAGCAUAAUAAUCAAACAAAUUCUUCUUUUAUUGAUAAUGACAAUCCAUUUCUUCAUGCACCUUUUCAUUAUUCUCAUCGUUCACCAACACAUAAACCAGUAACACAAUCAUCAUCUUUAUCUACUCAUGUUGAUACAAUGACGACUUCAAAUAUUACUUCAUUUGAUCCAACUAGUAUUGUUGUUGGAAAAAGACUUAGUGCAUUUGCUCCUUAUCAUAGACAAGAACCAAAUUCUAUUACGAAUGUAACUGAUUCAACAUCAUCAACAUACAAUUUCAAUCUAUCAAAACAAAAAAUUCCACAUUCAGAAUCUUAUCCACCAGGUAAUACAACAAUUACUACUAUUACAACAACAACAACAACAACGAAUCCAAAUAAUCAAUUAGCAAUAUCAAAAGAUGUUUUUACAAAUGCACCAUUUAAAGCAAAAAUAACAACUAAACAACAAAAUCCAAUGACAACAAAUAAAAAUAAUACAAUAUCACCAUCAUCAUCACAAUCAACAUCAUCAUCAAAUUCUCAAUUAAUUGAUUUUACUGUUCCAUCACAAACAAUAGUCGAUUCAACAUCAAAAGAACAAUCACAAUUAUCACCAACACGUCGUCUUGUUGGUUCAGCUGGUUUAGCAACAAAUUUUAGUACAUUUAAAACAACAAAUACAACAAAUAAUCAAUAUUAUUUUCAGUCAGAACAUAUUAAUAAUGAUGGACAUUCAUCAAGUGAAGAAUUAACAACAUCAUCAACACGAAAACGUCAUAGAAAAAAAAAAUCUUCACAGAACACCGGACAUGAUUCACAACAACAUGCAUAUGCAAAUUUAUCUUUUAAUGAUGCUAUUGUCGACGAAUUACUUUAA